AGUUCUUGUUGAGUUUGGUCUUUUUAGGAAAGGAUAUUACAAAGCAAAAGCUAUAUCUAAAAUUGAGUAGUUUUUCGUCUUGAGAGGCUGGGACUAAAAGAUAUGAGACUUCAUGAGAGCUUGAGUCCUAUUGUUCAUGUUCUUUCACUGUCUUGCUUCUUUUUAAGCGUCUCUCUAGCUCAUGAAAGAGCUUUAUUUUCUGGCACGCUCAAUGAUUCCGAGACGAUAGUCUCCAGCUUCCGAACGUUCAGGUUCGGUUUCUUCAGCCCUGUUAAUUCCACCAACCGAUAUGCUGGUAUAUGGUAUAACAGCAUUCCUGUACAAACUGUGAUAUGGGUUGCUAACAAAGAUACGCCGAUCAAUGACUCCUCUGGAGUGAUUUCAAUAUCUGAAGAUGGAAAUCUGGUAGUUACUGAUGGUCAGAGGCGUGUUUUGUGGUCAACUAACGUUUCUACUCGAGCCAGUGCCAAUUCUACUGUCGCUGAGCUUUUGGAGUCCGGGAACCUCGUGCUAAAAGAUGCCAAUACCGAUGCAUAUCUUUGGGAGAGCUUCAAGUAUCCUACUGAUUCUUGGUUGCCAAAUAUGUUGGUUGGGACAAACGCAAGAACCGGAGGAGGAAACAUCACAAUAACUUCUUGGACAAACCCUUCGGAUCCUUCGCCGGGGAGCUACACUGCUGCACUCGUUCUUGCUCCAUAUCCAGAGCUUUUUAUUUUCAACAAUAAUGACAACAAUGCUACGGUGUGGCGCAGUGGCCCUUGGAACGGACUGAUGUUUAACGGUUUACCAGAUGUAUAUCCGGGGCUCUUUCUUUAUAGAUUUAAAGUUAAUGAUGACACCAAUGGUUCAGCCACCAUGUCAUAUGCUAAUGAUUCAACUUUGAGACACCUCUACUUGGAUUAUAGAGGAUUUGCUAUCCGGAGAGAUUGGAGUGAGGCUAGGAGAAACUGGACGUUAGGGUCACAAGUUCCGGCAACCGAGUGUGACAUUUACAGCCGAUGUGGUCAAUACACUACCUGCAAUCCUCGGAAAAACCCGCAUUGUUCUUGCAUUAAAGGGUUUAGGCCAAGGAACCUUAUAGAGUGGAACAAUGGAAACUGGAGUGGUGGAUGCAUAAGAAAGCUCCCUUUGCAGUGUGAAAGACAGAACAAUAAGGGGAGUGCUGAUAGGUUUUUGAAGCUGCAGCGAAUGAAAAUGCCUGACUUUGCAAGAAGAUCCGAAGCCAGCGAACCAGAAUGCUUUAUGACUUGUUUGCAGUCAUGUUCUUGUAUAGCUUUUGCUCAUGGAUUAGGAUAUGGCUGCAUGAUUUGGAAUAGAAGCUUAGUUGAUUCACAAGUGUUGUCUGCUAGUGGAAUGGAUCUUUCUAUCCGUCUUGCACAUUCAGAAUUCAAAACACAGGACAGGCGACCUAUUUUGAUCGGUACAUCAUUGGCAGGAGGCAUUUUUGUUGUGGCGACUUGUGUCCUUCUGGCACGACGUAUUGUCAUGAAGAAAAGAGCUAAAAAGAAAGGAACAGAUGCAGAGCAAAUUUUUAAGAGAGUAGAAGCUUUAGCUGGUGGUAGUAGAGAAAAGUUGAAAGAGCUACCUUUGUUUGAGUUUCAAGUGUUAGCUACUGCAACCGAUAACUUCUCUCUUAGCAAUAAGCUCGGACAAGGCGGUUUUGGUCCGGUUUACAAGGGGAUGUUGCUAGAAGGUCAAGAGAUUGCUGUGAAGAGACUGUCACAAGCAUCAGGACAAGGGCUUGAGGAACUUGUCACUGAAGUGGUUGUGAUUUCUAAGUUGCAACAUCGAAAUCUGGUGAAAUUAUUUGGUUGCUGCAUUGCAGGGGAAGAAAGGAUGUUAGUCUAUGAGUUCAUGCCCAAGAAAAGCUUAGACUUUUAUAUAUUUGAUCCAAGGGAAGCAAAACUUCUUGACUGGAACACGCGGUUUGAAAUAAUCAAUGGAAUAUGUAGAGGUCUCCUGUACCUUCACAGAGAUUCUAGGCUGAGAAUCAUUCACAGAGAUCUGAAAGCAAGCAACAUCUUGCUAGAUGAGAAUCUGAUUCCGAAAAUAUCUGAUUUUGGGUUGGCCAGGAUAUUCCCGGGGAAUGAAGAUGAAGCAAACACCAGAAGGGUCGUUGGAACAUAUGGCUAUAUGGCACCUGAAUAUGCAAUGGGAGGACUGUUUUCAGAGAAAUCUGAUGUUUUCAGCUUAGGAGUGAUACUCUUAGAGAUUAUCAGUGGAAGAAGAAACUCACAUUCAACUCUUUUGGCUCAUGUGUGGUCAAUCUGGAACGAAGGGGAGAUUAAUGGUAUGGUAGAUCCUGAGAUUUUUGACCAACUUUUUGAGAAAGAAAUACGAAAAUGCGUUCACAUUGCGCUUUUGUGUGUGCAAGACGCUGCUAAUGAUAGGCCAAGUGUUUCUACAGUGUGUAUGAUGCUUAGCAGUGAGGUUGCAGACAUUCCAGAACCGAAACAGCCUGCUUUUAUGCCUAGAAACGUUGGUUUAGAAGCUGAGUUCUCUGAGAGCAUUGCUCUUAAAGCCUCUAUCAACAAUGUCACCAUCACUGAUGUCUCAGGACGUUAAAACCUGCAGAAAUACAAAUGUAUGUGUAAUUCGUGAAACUCUUAAGCAUUGCCAGAGAAUAACAUAUCAUGUAUCCAUAUAGAUAUGGUUAUUUCUUAUCCAACUAGUAAUGUACAAGAAAUUAUUUUCAUA